AUGAAGGCGGGGAAUGCGAAUGGGUAUAAGUUGUGGUACUUUGGAGUCGUGAGAGGUAAGAAUGGAAUGGGUAUCUUAGUGGAUAUGGAUCUUAGAGAGUCUAUGGUUGAGGUUAGGCGAGUGAAUGAUCGGCUAAUAUUUAUUAAGUUGGUGAUCGGUGAGUGCACCCUCAAUGUCGUUAGCCCCUACGCCCCGCAGGCGGGCUUGGAUGAGGAGGUUAAGAGGCGCUUUUGGGAGUGCUUGGAUGAGAUGGUGCGUAGUAUUCCACCUACUGAGAGGUUAUUUAUUGGUGGGGAUUUUAAUGGCCAUAUUGGGGUGGUUGCUGGUAGUUAUGGCGAAGUGCAUGAUGGCUUUGGCUUUGGGGAUAGGAACGGAAGAGGUACUUCACUGUUAGACUUCGCUAAGGCCUUCGAGUUGGUGAUUGCGAACUCGACUUUUCCGAAGAGGGAGGAGCAUCUGGUUACUUUCCAGAGUUCAGUGGCGAAGACUCAGAUCGAUUACCUUCUCCUCAAAAGGUGUGAUAGAGGGCUGUGCAAUGAUUGUAAGGUUAUCCCGGGAGAGACCCUCGCGGGGUGA